AUGUGGGUUCUGUGGUCACUGAUCGGAUUGGCGGUGGUGUGCAGGUGCGAACAGAAGUUCGCCAUCGAACCCCAGGACCAGACGACGAUUGUUGGGAGUAGGGUGACUCUUCCCUGCAGGGUUCUAGGGAAAGUGGGUAAGCUCCAAUGGACAAAAGACGACUUCGGGCUUGGGCAGCACCGCCACCUCCCAGGCUUCGACAGAUACACCAUGAUUGGCAGCGAUGACGAAGGAGAUUACUCCUUGGAGAUCUACCCAGUAAUGUUGGAUGAUGAUGGACAAUAUCAAUGCCAGGUCGGUCCAGGUCCAAAUGGAGAACCUGGUGUGAGGUCCAGGUUUGCUCAGUUGACUGUUUACACGCCACCAGAACCUCCCAGGAUAGUCCAAGGGGAGUCACUUCUCACCACUGAAGACAGGGAAAUAGAAUUGGAAUGCAUUUCUCUUGGUGGAAAACCACCAGCAGAGAUAACAUGGAUUGAUGGCUUAGGAAAUGUGCUCAAAGACAAUAUUGAAAAUAUAGUUGACAGCAUGCCUGACAAGAGAAGAUACAAUUCUAGAUCGAUUUUAAAACUCAUACCUAAAAAAGAACAUCAUAAUACAACAUUUGUCUGUCAAGCACAGAAUCAAGCAGAAAGAACUUACAGAAGUGCAAAACUCAGGCUUCAAGUGAAAUAUGCUCCAAAGGUAACAGUAAGUGUUAUCGAUGGGAGCACAAGGCUUAUGGAAGGUAUGGACGUUCGGCUGAAAUGUAGUGCUGACGCCAAUCCUCCAGAUGUAACUUACAGAUGGUAUAUAAAUGAAAGACUAGUCGAAACCGAACUUGUUACCGAACUGCACCUAGUAAAUGUAACAAGAACUCAGCACGACUCUAUAAUCAAAUGUGAAGUACACAAUGCUGUUGGGAAGAGUGAAGAAUCUGAAACUUUAGAUAUAAGCUAUGGUCCAAGGUUUCGAAAGCGACCACAUAGUGUGCAAGCCGAUCAAGGAGCCAUGAUUACACUAACUUGUGAUUUGGAUGGGAAUCCUCAACCAGAUAUUGUUUGGUUUCAUGAACCAACUGAUAGGGUGGUUGGAACAUCUGGUAAUCUCAGCUUGGUAGUAACUCCAGAGACAACUGGUAGAUAUUACUGCAAGGCGAGCGUUAUUGGUUUUCCGGAAAUUGGGGCUGAGGCAACAGUCUACAUGAAGGGUAAACCAUCCAUUAUAUCGCACAGAACGCAGUAUGGUGUACCUGGGGACAACGUUAGGAUAGAAUGUACUGCCUAUGCUGUCCCACCUCCUUCCAAAGUCGUGUGGAGUUACCAUGGAGAAGAGAUAUAUAAUGAUGCUAACAAAGAGUAUUCGGUUCUAGAAGAUCCCUUGAGUGAAGGUAUCAAAAGCACAAUGAUCAUUAGAGAAUCAAAACAGGACCAUUUUGGAGUUUAUAAUUGCACAGUCAUCAAUGCCUAUGGUUCUGAUCAUCUUGAAAUAACCCUGAAACCACAAAAAACAUUUCCUCUUCUGUUAAUACUGGCUGGAGUACUUGGUGGCAUCGUGGUAAUCAUUGUUAUUACAAUGGUCAUUAUACUUUGCCAGAGGAAAGUGAAGAAGCCACCUGUAAACACAGGAUUUAUCUCAAAUGAACAGUCUGACGUUGAGAAACAAUGUAAAGAAUCGGAUCGAUCUUCGAACAUUUCAGACAUUAAGAUGGAACUCAGAACUGGCUCGUCAGUGAGUAACGUACAUUGUGAACUUGACUACGGAGGAGGUGGGUCUGAGACUGGCAGCGAGAGCGUUGUCACUCGGAUAGGAGUUCCCCUUGCAGGACCAGUGCCUAUAGACCAUAGGUAUUCCAACCGCUACUCCUCGUCAGACUAUCCUGAACCAGUCUUCCCACCUAAAAACGACGGGCAGAACAACAAUGGAUAUGUGCCAUAUGUGGACUACUCGAGGGAUUACAACCCUCCUCCACCACCUGUGACGAGCAGCCCCCCGCAGGUGGACCCUCGCUUCUCCGCAGCCUACGGAAAUCCGUACCUGCGCAGCGUUGGGCCCAACCUGCCCCCGCCGCCUCCACUAACUCCAGCGCCACCACCUUACUCAGCCAGGAAUGGCCUCCUGCCAGGCCAGCGUCCACAGCAGUACAUCACAGCCGCCCAGCCGCAAGGUGUCAAGAGGGCGUCUCUAGCCACGCAUGUAUAA